UGCUUAACGAACUUGGGAAGGGGUCAUAUGGGGCUGUUUACAAGGCAAGGGAUCUAAGAACUUCAGAGCUUGUUGCCAUCAAAGUGAUAUCAUUAACAGAAGGGUUGUUUUAGGAGGAAGGGUAUGAAGAAAUUCGAGGUGAAAUUGAGAUGUUGCAACAGUGCAGCCAUCCAAAUGUUGUUCGAUAUUUGGGAAGCUAUCAAGGUGAAGAGUACCUUUGGAUAGUUAUGGAGUACUGUGGCGGUGGAAGUGUUGCUGACUUGAUGAAUGUUACAGAAGAGCCUUUGGAGGAGUAUCAAAUAGCAUAUAUAUGUAGAGAAGCACUGAAGGGCCUUGCUUAUUUGCAUUCAAUUUUCAAGGUCCAUAGAGAUAUUAAGGGUGGUAAUAUUUUGUUAACUGAACAGGGAGAAGUCAAGUUGGGUGAUUUUGGGGUUGCUGCGCAGCUUACAAGGACCAUGUCAAAGCGCAAUACGUUCAUUGGCACUCCACAUUGGAUGGCUCCAGAAGUAAUUCAGGAAAGCCGUUAUGAUGGAAAGGUGGAUGUUUGGGCUCUUGGUGUUUCUGCAAUUGAAAUGGCUGAGGGACUUCCUCCAAGAUCAACAGUGCAUCCUAUGAGGGUUUUAUUCAUGAUUUCUAUUGAGCCAGCUCCAAUGCUUGAGGAUAAAGAAAAAUGGUCUCUUGUAUUUCAUGAUUUUGUUGCAAAGUGCCUUACAAAAGAACCUCGUUCACGUCCAACUGCAUCUGAGAUGCUGAAGCACAAGUUUAUUGAAAAAUGCAAAUACGGAGCCUCAGCAAUGUUGCAAAAGAUUGACAAAGCAAGGCAAAUUAGGGCCUCAAUGGCUUUGGAGGCACAAAAUGUUGUUCCAGUUGAAUCUGAAACACCAGAGGCCCCAAAACUCAACGAGUAUUAUGGAGAUACUGUUCCAUCAAAGAGACCUCAGACAGCUGAUGAAAUACCCAAAUCUGAAGUUGUUAUGGACCUGGCUGGAGAAGUGGACUUUGGAACGGUAGUGAUUCAUGGAGGGGAGGAGACAGACAAGGAAGCCGUGCAGAAUGCGCUUGAUAGUGCUAGAGAUCCUUCGCAGGUUCUAAGACAUUUUGAAAGUCCUUCAGUUACUGCGACAGGAGGCAAAUCAAUUGACUCGCGGGUGGAUAAUGCAAGCGUUGUUGCUGCAAACAAAAUUUUGAUUGGAGAAUCGCAUCCUCUAUUGCAGAAUAUAAGGACAUUGCCUCCAGUACCUGGUUCUCCUUUGCAAAAUCUCAAGAAGGGUAGCACACUUCAGUCACCGGUUGGAAGAAGUGGGGUUGUGGGUACUUCCACUUUGAAGAAUGAAACUGUCAGCAAAAAAGCUUUUGCAUUACAAGACAAGCUUUGGUCCAUUUAUGCAGCUGGUAAUACAGUACCUAUUCCAUUCUUGAAGGCAACAGAUAUAUCCCCAAUUGCUCUCUUAUCAGACAAUGUUCUUGGAGGCAUGCAACGGGAUAAUAGUGAGGCAGGGGAAGUGCUGCAAGAGCUUUUUAGUGGUGAUGGGCCAUCUAGAAAGGGUCGGCGGUUACAAAAUGAGAUGCCUCUUCCUGCAAGUGUCUACAAAAGACUAACUUCAAGUUCUACACUACUGAAUCUGGCACAGGCUUUGGCGUACCACAGAACAUGUUAUGAGGAGAUGCCACUCCAAGAGUUGCAAGCAACGCAAGAGCAACAGACCAUUCAAAAUCUCUCUGAUACGCUUCGAACUAUCCUCCGCUUGUAAAUAGUGGCAUGCUAAGAGAGAGACUCGCUGAAUACUUCUAUUUUUGUUUUGUAUUCAGAAAAUGCAAAACUGUUGGGUCUCAAAAUAGCAUUUUUCUCUUCAUUUAUUUAUUCUUCUCUUUUUACUAGGUUACAACUCGUAAUCUCAUAGUGCUGGAGUAGAGACUCCUGCAAUACUUUUGGGCCAAAGCUCAUUGGUUAACUAAUUUCCUGUAUAUAAUAAUAGCUUUUUAUUUAUUUAUUGGGCAAAGCAAAUCUGUACUCACAUUUUGUUUAGAUGUAAUGCCAAUUUUGAGGGUGUUUGACAAUGA